UCUUUCGAGUUUCGCCCAUCUCGAGUCUCGAGACCCUGGAGAGUGAGAGAGAGAGAGAGAGAGACACCAUUUAUAGCUAUUAUACAAAGCGCACGCUCUGAGAGAAAGUAUAUUAGGUAGUAUACAUUAUACAGAGAGAGGAGAGGUGACUGGUGGUGAGGGUGCUGAGGCAGUGACUACUUGCAACCACCACUCGGUCCGCCGGAAAUGACGGUGUUCGGGAACUCAGGCGGCGGCGGUUUUCUCGCUGGGAAGCAGGUGGUUCCGGUGGACUACGAAGCGGAGGUCUCGCAGCGCCUCCUCGAGGCUUCGCAUUGCAACGAUCUGAAAUCGGCUCUCGAGUGCAUCGACAGUCCGUUCCUCGAUGUGAACUUCGUCGGCGCUGUGUCCUUGAAGUUGCGGAAGGCGGAGGUCGUCUGUCGUGACGAAUCGGCGCAUGAAGUUCGCUUUGAGUAUGAAGAGUUCAAGACGGAUGUCACGCCGUUGUUCCUCGCCGUUCAUGCCGGAAAUGUGACGCUCGUCAGGAAAUUACUGAGUAUUGGAGCUGAUGUCGACCAGAAACUCUUCAGGGGCUUUGCAACAACAGCAGCAGUGAGAGAGGGCCACGUUGCGAUUUUGGAGAUCUUACUUAAAGCUGGUGCUUCUCAGGCAGCUUGUGAGGAGGCCUUGUUAGAGGCAAGUUACUACGGGCGUGCUGGACUAGUGGAGCUGCUUAUGGGUUCGGACCUGAUUCGGCCCCACAUUGCAGUGCAUGCUCUUGUCACUGCCUGCUGCAGGGGGUUCACAGAUGUGGUAGAUACUCUCCUGAAGUGCGGAGUUGAUGCAAAUGCGGUUGAUCGAGUCUUGCUUCAAUCAUAUAGGCCUUCCCUUCAUGCAAAUGUUGACUGUACUGCACUCGUAGCUGCUGUUGUGAGCAGGCAGGCCUCCGCUGUUCGUCUGUUGCUGCAGGCUGGAGCCAGAACAGACAUCAAAGUUAAACUAGGGGCAUGGUCAUGGGAUAUGGCUUCAGGCGAAGAAUUUAGGGUGGGUGCAGGACUAGCAGAGCCCUAUUCAAUCACCUGGUGUGCAGUGGAAUAUUUCGAACAUAGUGGUGCCAUCUUGCGUAUGCUUCUCAAAGUAGUCUCCCCCAACAGCCCACUCUAUGGACGAACCCCUCUGCAUCAUGCCAUCCUUUGUGGCAAUGCGGGAGCUGUCAACGUGCUUCUAAGAUGUGGUGCACAUGUAGAAGCCCGUGUUAAAACAACCCAGAAAACUGAGUUCCGUUCCAUACACAUGGCAGCUCGUCUUGGAUUUGCAACGGUACUUCAAUGCCUAAUUGAUUAUGGUUGUGAUGUGAACUCAAAGACGGACAGUGGUGAGACAGCUUUAAUGAUAUGUGCAAAAUUAAAGAGGGGUGAGUGCCUUAAAGUAUUGGCGGCAGCCGGUGCUGAUUUUGGUUUGGUCAAUACAGCCGGUCAGUCUGCAUUAUCAAUUGCCACCUCAAACCGAUGGGCUCUUGGUUUUCAGCAAAUUGUUUUAGAUGUGGUAAGGGCAGGAAAGGUUCCCAACUCGAGUAACAUGUCUAAUUUUUCUCCAUUAUUAUUUGUAGCCCGAACUGGUGAUAUCCAGGCCUUGAAAGCACUAAUUGGACGGGCAGAUACUUAUCUCGAUUAUCAGGAUGAUAAAGGUUUCUCUGCAGUCAUGGUUGCUGCAAUGGAGGGUCAUGUUGAAGCCUUCCGCAUGCUUGUGUAUGCUGGGGCUGAUGUGAAGUUGUGCAACAAAUCUGGGGAGACUGCCAUUUCCCUUUCUGAGUUCAAUCACAAACGCGACCUGUUUGAGAAGGUAAUGCUUGAAUUCGCUCUUGAAAAGGGUAAUCAUAAUAGCGGAGGCUUCUACGCCCUACAUUGUGCAGCUCGCCGUGGAGACUUGGAUGCAGUAAAAUUGUUGAUGAGCAGGGAUUAUGACGUAAAUGUUCCAGAUGGCGACGGUUAUACACCACUGAUGUUGGCAGCAAGGGAAGGUCAUGGACGCAUGUGCAAGCUCUUGAUUUCAUGUGGAGCGCGCUGCAACUUGAAGAAUCUGAAAGGUGAGACCGCACUCUCACUUGCACAUAAGAAUGGCGGCAUCCAGAAUGAAGCUGUACGGGUAAUAUUGGAUGAGCUUGCUCGGAACCUGGUGUUAAGUGGAGCCAUGGUGCUGAAGCAUACCAAGGGAGGCAAAGGAGCUCCUCACGUUAAACUAGUUAAAAUGAUCGAGGCUACUGGGGUGUUGAGGUGGGGGAAGUCCAGCCGUAGAAAUGUGACAUGCCGAGAGGUUGAGGUCGGACCAAGUUCAAUAUUUAACAGGCUCCGGCAGCGGAAGGGUGAUAAUAACGAGCCUGGACUGUUUCGGGUGUUGACAGCGAAGAACAAGGAAGUGCAUUUCGUUUGUGAGGGAGGGUUGGAGAUGGCGGAGCUGUGGGUGAGGGGGAUAAAGCUUGUGACUAGGGAGGCCAUAUUUGGUAAAAAGCUAAGGGAUACAUGAAAAAAAAAAAAACUAUGGAUUUUUAUUUGUUUUGACUAGGAGGUAUGUAUAGGUUUUCUAGAGAGUGCUUCAUCUCGAAGUACUUAUAAUUGCUUGAUCUGUUUUCAACGUAUGAACCUGGUGUUUAGUUCUA